UUGUCUUGAUGUCUAGUCUCUCUGUUGGGGUGCACACGGAUUGACCACUCCUUUGGACCGUUCUUUUACCCUUGGAUAUUUGGGUGGGGAAGCUAAUCCRGAAACAUGACUGAYGCGCAACAAGAGGCCCGCUCCUACCUGAGCGAGGAAAUGUUGGCUGAGUUCAAAGCCGCCUUUGACUUGUUCGACACUGACGGUGGCGGUGACAUCAGCACCAAGGAGUUGGGAACCGUGAUGAGGAUGCUGGGCCAGAAUCCGACAAGAGAGGAGUUGGAUGAAAUCAUCGAGGAGGUCGAUGAGGACGGUAGCGGUACCAUCGACUUCGAGGAGUUCUUGGUCAUGAUGGUGAGGCUGCUCAAGGAGGACCAGGCUGGCAAGAGUGAGGAAGAGUUGGCAGAAUGCUUCCGUGUGUUCGACAAGAACGGUGACGGCUACAUUGACAGAGACGAAUUCGCUCUGAUCAUCCGCAGCGGCGGUGAGCCCAUCACAGACGAUGAGAUCGACGAGCUGUUGAAGGAUGGAGACAAAAACGCUGAUGGCAUGCUGGACUUUGACGAAUUCCUCAAGAUGAUGGAGAAUGUGCAGUAAACUAUAUCAAACUCAUGGACAUUCCUCCACCCUCCUGUGAACAGUUUUCUGAAUACACCCUCCCUCCAUCUUUCUGACCCGCUGCAAACAUCCAAACACACUCCCGCCCCCUGUCCACCGGGUUCACUGCCUCUCCUCUCCACCCUUGUAGCCAUCCUCAACAGACAGCUAGGACAUCUCGCGGAGGGGUCGCAGGCUGAGCUACACUCAUCUCUGUCCUGCUGUGACAGUAGACAGCAUGCUGGUGCUGGGCUGACACCUUCCCUGUGCAGUUAGAAGAUUUACCCCCAAAUACCUUCUGCUGUGUGCAUGGCGACCCCUUCUGCUGGUGAAGCUCUGAUCUAGAUGUAGUCUAGAUAGCCAGGCAGCCUUUUAUCUGCUGCUUAGACCAAUUAUUUCAAACACUUCAUUGUACAAAUAAGUAAUUUGCUUACAAAAGAAUAAAUUAACUAACACAUGCUCA